CCUCAACACCCACCCAUUAAUUAAGAAGAAGAGAUACAUGAGAGAAGAGCAAAACCCACACUAUAUUUUGUUGGUUAACUAAGUGAUGGCAUCGAUUGGCAUAAGUGCUUCCAUACAAAGAGCUUGCAGCUCUCAACAUGUCACCAAGAAAGUGUCUGGUAAUGCACGGACAAAGGUCGCAGGUCUAAAAUUACCGAAAGAACAAGAACACGAACAGCCUUCAUUAACAUUCGUAAAUAACAGCAGCAGCAGCAGCUCAGACCAACAUUCACAACCGAGAUUUCACGACGCUAGAUGGAAGAAUGGGACGUGGGAUCUAAACAUGUUUGUGAAGGAGGGGAGAAUGGAUUGGGAGUCUGUUAUUGUUGCAGAGGCUAGGAGAAGGAAGUUUCUGGAAGUAUAUCCACAAGCCUCAACAAACGAAGAACCGGUGCUGUUCAGGAGCUCCGUUAUACCAUGGUGGGCUUGGAUUCGUCAUUCUCACCUCCCCGAGGCUGAACUGCUCAACGGUCGAGCCGCGAUGGUGGGGUUCUUCAUGGCGUAUGGUGUGGAUGGUUUGACAGGGCUGGAUGUGGUUGGACAGACCGGGAAUGUCAUUUGCAAGGCUGCUCUUCUGCUUACAGUGGUUGGAGUGCUCCUUUUUCGAAGAAAAGAAGAUAUCGGCAAUAUAAAGAAACUAGCUGAUGAAGCCACAUAUUAUGACAAGCAAUGGCAAGCCACCUGGCAAACUCCAAAAGAUUCAGAACAAUAAUAGCUGCUACUACUAUUAUGUUGUUCGCAUUACAUGACUAUCAUAGGAAAAAUUCGAGUUUCAAUGCUUUUAUGCAGUUUUGAGGUUUUACUUUUCUUUUUA